GGGACGGGCACCUUGGAUGCGGGGAGGUGGAGAGGUGUAGAAGUUCUCUCUCUGCCCCUCCUCCUGCAGGUGUGCUUCAUCGGCCGAAGCAACGUGGGGAAAUCAUCUUUAAUCCGGGCCUUAUUCUCACUGUCUCCAGAAGUGGAGGUCAGAGUGUCCAAAACUCCGGGCCACACCAAGAAGAUGAAUUUCUUCAAAGUAGGGAAGUACUUCACGCUGGUGGAUAUGCCAGGAUACGGCUACCGUGCCCCGCAAGACUUCGUGGAGAUGGUGGAGGCCUAUCUGCAGGAACGGCACAACCUGAAGAGGACUUUUCUAUUAGUUGAUGGCGUCGUAGGACUCCAGAAAACAGAUCAUACUGCAGUAGAGAUGCUGGAAGAGUUCGGGAUUCCAUACGUGAUGGUGUUAACAAAAAUUGACCGAGCUUCCAGGGGACUGUUGUUAAAGAACGUACUGGAGAUCCAGGAGUUUGUAAAGGAGAAAACUCAGGGAUGCUUUCCUCAGCUGUUCCUGGUCAGUUCUCUGGAGUUUUCGGGGGUUCACUUGCUCAGGUGCUUUGUAGCCCAUGUGACUGGAAACCUGCCUACUGUAGAGGCCAGCUGAAGAGACUGGCUCCUGGUCUGCUCGGCUCAGCCAGAACAAAAGGUGCGGCGUGAUAGCGUGCCUCGCUUGCGUACAGCGAGCUGUGCCUCUUCCGGGUGGAUGAAGGAAAGGACGUAUCUAUAAUGGAAUCUGCUUUUUGAUCACUGUUGGCUUGAAACAGAGUGGAAUAAAUGACUGACACCUAGGGGAACUCUCUCCUUCUGUACUUUAUCAUCCGUCAGUGCCGCCUCUGCCUUCUGUUUUAAAUCCGGCAUGAAGUUCUGCAGCUGCCCUCAGAGGAGUUGCCAGAGAUGAGACGCUUUGUCCAUUAUCUGCAUCUGUGCCGCCCCGGCAGCUGAAGCACAAAACUGAUGUCCCAUGCUCUUUCGGGACACUCUAACAGCUGGCACAAGUAUGUCCCACAGCAGCCAAGAGCACCUGAAGUUGGCUCAUUACAAGGCACAGAACUGGAGAAAAAAAAAAAAAAGGACUGAUGUCAACAGCAGUAGUUGUUACAAGAGAAUUUAGACCAAAGCUAUUAAGUGCCUGUGUCAAACUCUGGCACUCAGUCUUGUGUCUUAACAUUGUCAAAUGUGUGUAUGCAGUUGUCAAAAUUACUUGCAUUAAGUGUUUAAACCUCAAGGGCAGGUCUUCUGUGAACCACUCUGAGGUACUUCAAGUGUUUUUUUUCAGAUGGAAUUUCUUGUAACUCUCAGACGAGACAUGAGGUCUGUUUUCAGCACACGUGUAAGAAGUUGGGGGUGUGGGGAACACAGGAGAAAGAUGUGGAUCUCUUCAUUUCCACAUCUUAGCAGAGAUCAAACCUAUUCUCUAGGUUUGUAAUUUUCUAAUAUUUUCUCUUUAAUCCUGAAGUGCUCCAGAGUGAACCAGCCUAUAGGAUGCUUGAUCCCAGGGGGAGGUACCGUACUGUCUAGACAGAUGGAACGGGUGCAAGUGAACACUUCAGGAAUAAUCUUUCCUUAGUAUCUUAAAGCCAGGAUCUUCCAAAAGUAUCGAUCUUGCCAAGGCUGUCAUUUUCAAGGCCUCAUCCUUGACUGAAGAGCCUUUGAAAAUCAGCCUGUAUACGUAAAAGAAAGUGCAGUUCUGUUUUAGUCCAUCUUCAGAACAAAACACCUUACAGUGCUAGGAAGUCUUUUAUUAACCACUUACAUACAUUAAGUAUGUCUGGUAAAUCCAUUUAUAUAAAAGGUGCUUUGAAAUGGCAGCAGACUGUGAAUUGGACCCCAGGAUCCUUGUGGGUGUGUAUGGUUGCCACGAGGUGUCCUUAGGGGAAGCCAUGUGGAGCUGGGUCACACAGCUACCUACACAGUAGGUAUGGUCUUAUCCUGAAGAAGCAGCUUUACCUCUGGACACGUAUGGGUUUUCUGCUGUAUUUGUCAAAAGAUCUUCAUUCACAAAUGCUUCAAAUACUGGAAUAACUCUUGCAUUCUCCUCAGCCAUCUGCUGGAGGGAACACCGUGGUUUUGUUACAUGGAAGAAUCGGUGCCCCUGUCACAAGUAGAGUGAAUAAAAUAAAAUCUAGUCCUCUCCUUCAAUCAAACAUUAAAACUUACACUCACAUGCCUUCAUGGGAAUGUGCUUUGGGUGAAGAAGCACCUGAUGCGCUAGCGGACUUUCUUGCCGAGUUCUCAAGGAACGCGCUGCGUUGCUGAGCGAGGAAGUGCACUUUCUCAGGCCAACACAACAAGGGCACUCCCUUUCUUUUUCCCCAGUCACUGAUCAGUGGUGGGCCUGGCAGCUUACUGAAGUAGUAGAGAUCAUUUCAGUGGUAAAUGCUUUUGACAUCUUAAACUGUUUGCAACGAUAUGCCACACUGCAGGCACCCAGCGUUACCUUGUAAAGCUUUGCCUCGUCUGCAUCCAUCAUUUGCAGAAGUGGUGCUGAGUACCGGCAUCUAUGGAAAAGGAUUUUACUUGGUGCAUCUCUCCUGUCCUUCAGCAGUACGUUCUCCUUUUUCUUCCUCUACUGUGUCUGGUCUUGUCUGUCACCAUAACCCUGGCACUACCGAGCCAGUAUUUUGACAUAUUCUUGCAAUGGUCCGCUGGAGUUACUAUAGUGUAGAAUGCAUUUUAGUAGGGACCUUGACCGGAUACUACAUCAGUAAUUCUAUUAAUAUUAAUGAAGUAACCUAAGCAGGUUUCUUGGGUUAUUUUAAAAAGCAGAGGGGGGGCAGGUAGUAGGUAGACAUUUCAGAUUGAGAGGCAGCAUGCACUAAGGCAAAAAGAGCUCUGGUUUACUGUCACUUUGAAGGUUGUUUCAUUGUUGCCACCUUUCACUCUUUAAAGUCUUGCUCCUUGGGCUCAGCAUUUUCAGACUCAGCUCAGAACUAGGAGGUAUUGCAGUAGGAGCUCUCUGGUACCAUAUGAAACAGGUUUUGGAUGCCAGACAGAACACGCCAAAUGCUGAAUACAGACAAUCCCUUCUGCAUUAAGCAGGGUGGCAGCCCACGAGAAGCAAGAUCCUGCUACCUCAACUAUCAAGAGUUUCUGUCAAGAGGGGAAACAGAAAUUCUAGCAGCAGCUAAUGAUUCCAGUCCGUACCAUUGGCUAAUCCUACUCAGGCUUGAGGUUACUUUUAGUACCUGCUUAUCCCAGCUAUAACAUGAUACAGUAUUUUAUUGAGAAAUUGUAGUUGUUUCUGUGCAAACAGGGACAAACCCAGGGAGUGUAGAGCUUCUUACAUCACUCUCCUGCUUAAGUGCUUUGGAAACAGAGUAAGGCCAGAACCCAUUUACAGAAGAGGCAGAGGAGGGAGGAAUAAAUUGUGUUUUUUUCCCAUGCCACAAACAGGACACAAGAGGAAAGGUACAGAACUAAGAGAAGACAAACUGAUCUUACAUUGCAUCCCAAAAUAAAGAUGGUAAGUUAAUAAAUUGAGAGGCUGUUGCAGGUGAAUUAUUAAGAGAAGUCAUCCUUGUGGGAUUAACCAAAAGGUUUUAUUAAACAAUGAUUAAAUGAUGAUUAAACAAUGAUAGACAGUGGUCAAACACUCUACUACUUCCUACACUUCUAAUAAUUAAGCUAGCUUGUAUACAAUAUGCUUUAGGUCUAAUAUAAAAUGUUUACCUUGCUGUAGAUACCAGAUGCAGGG